CUGUUGCUUAGGAAGGGCCAACACACAACAGGAGACCAGAGUAUGUGUGGCUGCGUGCACAGUACUCAGGACCAAGCACUCCACUUGGAAGGGGAGCCCAAUCCUCCUGCAGCCCCAACAUCUACUUUAGCACCUAAGAACAUGCCCAAAAGCAUUUCAAUAUCCAAACAGCUGGCUUCAAUAAAAGCUCUACGCAAGGGCUCAGAUCUGGAAAAAGCCAUUGCCACCGCUGCUCUGGUUUUCAGAAACUCUUCUGACCCUGAUGGUAAACUCGGAAAAGCUACUGCCAAAAAUCUGCUGCAAACCCAGUUUAAGACUUUCACAGAGGUAAGACAAUUAACAGGCACCAAGAAAUGUGAGCCACACCAUAACAGCUGGCCUGAAAGAGUAAAACAGAGGGACCAUUUUGGGCUUGGUGGUCAAAAAAGAGCUCCUGGAAAAUUAAGGUAUAGUUGUGAUCUGAAAAAUGAGAUUAAGAGUGAUCUAGGGGUGAGGGCCGGUGGGGAGUGGUGGCAUUCCAAGUAGGGAAUCUGAUGUAAAGUACGUCAAAGACAUCUGAGGUCCAGUAAGUGUUAGUGAAAAGCGGGAGGGAAGUAAGAGCAAUGAGGGAGGAAGCCGGGCAGGGGGUGAGAAGUCGUGUCUUACAGAGGCAUAGCCUGUGGGCAGGAGGAAGCCAGGGAUGGCUUCUUAAUUCCCGAGAAAGAAAUUACGCCAGCUGCAGUAGGAGAUGAGACUCCAAGAGGGUGGGGAGUGGGGGCAAAGAAGAGAGGAACGGUGGCGAAGGAAUGCAAACAGAAGAAGACGUUGGUUUGGGCUAAGGUGGCAAGUAUGAGGGGCCUUUGGAAGGUGGAAUGAACAGGAUCUGCUGUGAGGGCUGAAGAACAGGAGGGAGCGAAUAAUGAUAUGUCAGUUCUGACUGUGGGAAGAAAUGGAUGGUGGAUCCAUUUUCAGAGAAGAGAAAGA